GCAUUCCAGCGCUGUAUCCAUAGCAACAGCUUCUAGUGUGGCUCAUCCCAAGAUGGCGGACGAGGAGAGAUCCACAGCGGUGAGUGCAAACCCAAAGAUUGUCCCCCCUUUUCUCCAGUAAACACAAAUACUCCUCUUGAUAUAGUCAUUCUGUGAUAACUCUGAAGACAAUACGGCGCGACUUUGUUUUCAGAGCCCUCCAACAAGAGUCUUUAUUUGAAUGUUAGCUGUGCGGCUAACCGACUAUAAGUCGCAGUUAAGUUGAUUAUCGUCCUGCUAACUUGCCUUACACUCUACCUUUAAUCUCAUUUAGCGAGCUAUAACCCGAGGUAAAAGCUAGCAGCAUUAAUCUAAGGUAGUGGAACCGUGCAAAUGUAAAUUGUUGCCAUUUAUUGACACCUAAUUUGAUUUAGAUAGGACAACGUUAUUUACUGUCCUGCUAUCCUGAAGUUACAUUAACGUAAAUCUCCUCUGUGGUACCGUUGAAAUAUCCAGCAUGAUGAGGUGAUGCUAUACAGAGACUGUUUUUUCAGUAAAAUGUCAGUAAAUGUUCUUAGAGAAUCCACAAGUGAGCCAAUAUGGGAAGAAAAUCCUCAGCAUAACAUUUCGAUUGCGCAUGCGCGUGUUUACCUGCGCAUAGGGUACCUGUUUUACAGCUGAUGACUGCUGUAUGGGUCUAAAGAAAGGGAUUUUCCUCAAGAUGUGCGUUAACAUCACCGGUACGAGUACAGACAUGUUUUUCUAAGAGGAUAAUCUAAGCUGCAGUUCGUUUCAUUCAUUCCCAAAUUGUGUCCUGUCAGUAGCCUACCUUGAUAUUGAGCAGACCUGGAUCACAGUAACUCUUCCCACAAAAAUACCCUCAGCUGUUUGCUUAAAAGGUACCUCAAGACAAUAAACAGAAUACAAUGGAAAGCAUUCACUCUUUUUUGCAAGCCUUGGUACUUUGUCCAGGCCCAAAAAAUUGUUGAAGUAUACAUAAUUUUUCCAUGGUGUAUAGUGGAUGGUUGGACUCUUGUGCCAGUUUGAUGCUACAGCUCAGUCAACUGUUUGUUAGUUUAGGAUCAUAAACAAUUAAAACAUUUUCGUAAGUUAGCCCGACAUCUUUCAAGAGUGUCUGAGCAGGAUGAUCUGCACAGUGUACACAAAUAUAUUUACAGGUUGGGGUUUUUAGAGACAAAAUCUGAUAUUGCCAUUCUUAGGGAAUAAAUAAUUGAGAAUUGGGACUUACUUUCACUUUACAUACUGUUAUUGACACAACACUAGUGUGUUUGACAUAAAGCCCAUCUUGCAUGUUGGUGUGUAAAGAGAACAGUAUGUGGUUACUUAUUUUCUUGUUUGUGUUGUAUCUCUUGUAUUUCAGCUCACUGUUCCCACUGAAGCCAAAAAACGUCGGGCCCCUAAAGGUAACAGAUUCUUGACACCCCCAAGUCAUUUUAGCAAAAAGGAGUUCAGACACAGUUUCUUUUAUGACACCCAUAUUUUUCUGGUAAUUUCUGAACUGGUGCAAGUUUUGGAGAAGUUAUCCUGCAGAGGUCACCCUUACUCUUCUCUUUACCGUCUCCACUAAGAGAGAAGCUGUGCAUACUGUGUAUCAGGCCAUAUUCCAGAUAUUUCUCUGUGUAUGGAAGUUGUUUAUUGACUAUUGAGGAUGUUUCCUCAUUAAAGUGAUGACCUUUAUAUCCUAUUAACCAUGAAAUCCAUGUCCACUUAAUGAUGUGCUGUUAUAUUAUAGCGUGUUUUGUUGUGCUGUACCACCAUGGAGUGAUCUAUUACAUGAAAGGCCCUCGAUGUGAGAUACUAGACUAAGUUUGUAAAUAUUAAUUAAGCUGACAUAAUUUGUAUAAAGUCAAGACUUUCGUCUGAACUAAUUGAUAAAAUUGGUACAAAGUCAACUGAGUGUAAAUAGGGGUGAACCAUUUGUUUCUGACAGUGGAUUAAUUCUGUGAAAAGUCAAAAGUCUGAGCAAUAAAACUAGUUUGAUACUUUCUGUGUUGUUUAAAUACUGUAUUCUAAGUGUAACACAGAUAGUGUUGAAAAACUAUAACCACAAUCACAACAAAGAAAUAAAGUCUGCUUCUUAAAAUCUAGGAAGUAAAGCUUAUAAUGUACUUAUAAUGGUCUUCUGUUUUUAGGACAGCAUGGUUAAAAGUUUAAUUCAAUCAUCAGUCUCUUGCCAUAAGUGGCGUAAUCUUGCCCCUGUUUUUCCUUCCAAGGUAUUUCUGGCUAAUUCCUGAUAUAUUCUUGAGGAGAACACAUUUUUGCUGCUGGUUAUGAGACCAAAUCACUUGAAAAGACCAAGGUUUUUUGAAGUAGUCUGUGGUAAAACUUCCAAAAUAAUUUUCAUCAUAUUUUUCAUUACACUCUCUGCAUGUGUCUUUUGAUCUCAGCAUGCCAUCCCUCCGCUCUUAUCCCCUCCAUACAGAUGGUUGAGGCAAUUGGAAACCAAAUCUGUCCCAGAAUUAGCCAGAUCAAGUAUAACAACGAGAUAAAAACCCUCUGUGUUUGGGCUAAAGUUUUUCACGGGGCUGUAUUUAGGACACCUCAUGCUGUGCUCCUUUCCCUUCUCCUUCCUACCAUUUUUUGAUACUGUGGUUGCAGGAAUAUAUGUCAGACAUGUAUCCCAUCUCUCUGCACCAAAUGCACCCUGCUUUUGUGUGUGGGGAGAUUGGAGCACCACAGGGCCACAGCUGAAACCCAGAGACAAGAAUAUUAUUGCUGUCUCAGCAGGGAGGAAGCGGAUUAGGGUGCUACAAAUAGGGCCAUUUUGGAUCUUGACGGGGCAAACGUGUGAAGCCCGUGCAGUUUCACACUCAGCGAUGGAGAGGAUUUCUCUGAAGUAGUUGAAGGAGGCUUUAGUUCUGGCGGCAAAUCAACAGAGCGCUGCUUGAAGCACUGACAGAUAAAAAACAGAGGGGAGCUUUAGUGUAAUUCACACUGUAUUUUUUUCGCAGGCAGUUCAUUAAUGAUAUCCCCCAAUGUCAUUGGCAGACUCAAAGCCUCGCACUUUAUUCCACAUUGCCUUGAAACCUAUUUUUAGCCUCGGAGGAAGGUAGUAGGUACGAGAUAACAGGAUUACCGGAAUCAAACUCGCUCGAAUUGGAAUUACGUUUGCUUCCUUGUGAAAUGAAAUGUUGUACUCCCCAGGGAAGAAGACUUGCAGCAUUAUGGUUGGCUUCUUGAGGUUACCUAACCCUUUUGAAAGCUGCCUUUAUAUUGUGCUGCUCAUACCUCCAAACUCCUUCUUUAUAGCGUCUCUCUUCUGUCACUAGCACCUGGCUUGCAAGAGACAUUGUUGCCCUGGCAACGGAGAGAAUAUCUCAACCUGCAGACACGUUAGAAGAGCGACAGAAAUGAAACACUGUUUGUGAUGAAAAACUUGCUUACAAGGUGACAUUUAUAGUAGGCUGGUGAAUUGAUUAUGGUUUAGCGCUAGGUUUUAUUUAUUUAUUUAUUUAUUUAUUUUCUUGGUGGAAGUGUUAAAAUCUGUGUUAACUGUGAGAUCAAAGACCUGCAAGUGACUGCAGAAAGACGGAGUGUUAUUUUGGCUCCAAAAAGAUUGACUAUGAAUUGAAAAUACCACAAAAAUAAGAAAAAGUAGUGAUAUUCUAACUUAGCAGUACAGUAUACUAGAAGAGUAAAAAAGUUGGAGUAGAAGUGAAAUCUUGUUUAAAUGCUUGUUGUGAGGGAAUUUGAGAACAGCCUGUGUGCUUAAGUAAGAGUGCAGCGCCUGUGCAAACCAUCAAAUCUAGAACUUAUAAAUGCCUGGAAAACAAGGACAUCUUCAGUAUCAAUUAUUCAACUAUUGACUAAAUGAAGCAUUGUUUGGAGAGUGCUUAUUUAAAAAAAAUACGCUGAUUCUUUUGUAUUGUAGACUACUCAUCUUCUUUUGUUCUUCCUCUCAGCUCCAGAGCUUCCCAUUGUGGAGAGGAGAAACUGGCUCAUCCACCAGCACUACAUACGCAAAGACUAUGACACCUGUAAGGUAAAGCACUUUUGUUCCUGUACUCUCCCUUUGGUUUCAUCCGUCUUGGUAGGUCUGGUUGACCUUUAAAACACAUUGAAGAUAAUAAAUACCUGCACUGUACAGAAUUACAUCCUAAUUCUCUGCAUUGACUUGUUUUAUUCCCUAUAGUAAACAGCAGGUGCUUAAUGAAAUCCCUCAAUAGAUGCCUGAACCCUCAGUUGUAUUACUGGACUACUCUUUCUCACUUCCUCUUAGAGAAUCCAAUUUUGUUAAACAAUAAUGAGAUGUAUUCCCACUCUCUGGGCCCUAUUUUAACGGUGCCACUGCAGUGGUAAAGCAGUGCAAUUUGGGCACAUAACUGCAGAUGAAAAUGGUUUCGCUCGGUGGAUAAUGUUUUAAUAAAACAGAAAUUUACAUUUUAUGCAUUAUUCUGUUUGUAAUGCACACGAAUUCCAACCAAUCACAUUAAUCCUGUUUUCAAAUUUCACCAGUUUUGUAGCAGCAGAUUGCCAAUAAAACAGAAUCAGUUGGUGUCUGUUUUCUCUUUUCCGAGCACAAAUUCUUGGCCAUGUUUCUACCAAAACACUAGCAGCUGGAUUUUCAGUAAAUCAUCUGAAUGAGGCCCCUCUGGUUUGCACCUCUCUUCCCACCUGUUAGUUGCAAACAAAAUAAAAAAAUGCCUAGAAAAGCUAAUUCUAAUGUCAGGAAAACACCAAACUUGCACAAGUCCUGUUAGUGUUUUGCCGCCAACACAAAAUUAGGUUCAGUCUGGUGUGGUGCAGAGGCAUGAAACUUUAUUCAUCAAAUGAACAGCUAUAUUUCAAGCAAAGUAGCCAUUAACUCGAGCAGCAUUCAAUAUCAGUAACAUUUAGCCAAGUUGUAAAAAUUCUCUCCUGAUCUUUGUCCGUCAGGCGAUCAUCAAAGAACAGCUGCAGGAGACUAAUGGGAUGUGUGAAUAUGCCAUUUAUGUUCAAGGUGAGCAGCAGUUUUUUGUUGUAACCUCUCUCUCAUUUCUUACAUGCUUGAUGUUAAUUAAUAACUACAUCAAAUGGAGGCUCUGUGGUAGUUGGCGCCCACACUCCCCCAUACAUCAUUUAGUUCCUCAAAAUCUGCUUUUUCGGGGCCCCCUGCUGUGCCUUUGAUUUCAGUGUGUUUCUGUACUUCCUCAUGGAGUGUAACAUCCCCUCUCUCUUUGUGUCUUUAUGUCUUGCCACAGCACUAAUCUUACGACUGGAGGGCAAGAUCCAACAAUCCCUGGAGCUGUUUCAGAGCUGCGCCAUCCUUAAUCCCAGCAGCGCUGACAAUCUCAAGCAAGUGGCGAGAUCACUGUGAGUCUGCUACCCUCCUUAAUCAUGCUACUUGCAUCAACCCCUCUGUGUUAACUAACAAGGCAGGCACAGCUGAGAAAUAACAGCGACAACAGCCAAAGUGCAGACCACUCAUGGCUAGGAUGCUGUAGGGAGAAAUUAAUCCAACUCCAGUGACAUUUUCCACUGUUUUAGGAUUGUAAGAGCGGCUAUUCAGCAUGCAGUGAUAAUGACUUAUUAAUUUCUCUUACGGAUUAUUGUUGUUUUUUCUUACCGCAGGUUUCUCUUGGGAAAGCACAAAGCCGCUAUUGAAUUCUACCAUGAAGCUGCGAGGCUCAACGAGAAAGACUGGGUAAAUAAAGCGGCACUUCAGAGCUCACAUUCUGCUCUGGGUCACGGUUAGAAAAAGAGAGUGUGAAGUGAGCCCAACAUCUGUCACUCUUAAAACUCAGCAUGAAGUUUCUCCCACAAAGUUCUCCCCAAAUGUUGGGUGAGACCUGCCAAGAAUUAACCUCUUCCCCCCACUUAUGUAACAGCGAAAUGGUUGCACUUCUAAAUGAUGUUUUACCAUGUUUUAAAUUACUUUUAUGUUUGGGGAUUCAGCUCAGGCAUUAUCCAUCCCUGUUCAAUUUAGUAUGCACCAACGCCCCAUGUGUAAUUUAACUUUUUCUCCCCACAGGAGAUCAGCCAUAAUCUGGGGUUGUGCUAUUUCUUCAUCAAAGACUUCAAAAAUGUGGGUAUUCCUAUUUCACACGUGUAAUGAAGGUAGAUAUUCGACUUGUUCCCUUGUGACUUUUUAUGUGUAAUUUAUGUAUUUUGACAGGCCGAAGAGCAUCUUAAUGCAGCUCUUCAGAUAAACAAGCAGGACAAGACUUUUAUGAUGCUUGGGAAGGUUCAUUUGCUGGCUGGAGACACCGAUAAGGCCAUCGAGGUGUACAAGAGAGCAGUGGAGUAAGUCAAAUUCAAAGAUGGACAUUGUUAAGAACACUAGACAGACAUUAAAAACAGUUAAGUAACCAGUUAGUCCAGCUACAUUGUUUUCUGGACAGUUACUCUAGUUUAGCAAUAUCUCAGCAAUAAGUGUCAGCAAUUAAAAAGCUUCAGACUGACACUUAUCUUCACCAUGACAUCUCCUGUCAUCCACUGCCAGAAGACAUGCUAAGUCAGAGGAAGUCAGUUCCUUUGAGGUUUCCUCUUGAUUUAUUAGUGGAUUUGUAGUCUUCUCACUUUAAAUAGGUGCUCCUCCUUCAAACUCACACAAAGCUCUAAGUUUGCCACAUUUUAACCUGGGGCCUUUCACAGUCGGGGAGACAUUAUGUUAAUUUUUUGCUUCACAUGUAGGAUAUGAAAAUAUCAAGCCACAGUGUAAAUAAGGAAAAGACAUGAGUGUCUAAAAUGGAGCUUCAGAUGGUUACCUCCUGUUGGGGUUAAAUGAAUUAAUCGAAUGGCUCAACGCUUGUGAUGCUUUUAAUGAGAGGUACCGCUGUGAAUCUUAUUUUAAUGCUGAUCUGCUUCUUGUCUACCCUUUUUUUCAUUUAAAACCACAUGGUUUCGCCACGGGUUAUAAUUAAUACUUCACAAUUGUGCUGAAUCAAAUCCUGAUUGAAUAAUCAGCAGAUUCUCUGAAUAUCAACUAUGUUUGCUUUGGAAUAAGUGUAGGAAUUAAAAUGUAAUUACAGGCGCAGAGAAAGUGACAUUUUUCAUUUGACUUGUCUCAUUUUCACUUCAGAUUUUCUCCUGAGAAUACCGAGCUGCUGACGACUCUUGGUCUACUGUACUUGCAGGUGGGAGGAUUUCUUCAUAACCUUUUCAGUUUAAUUAUGUGUACACAAUAAAAAAGCUCGACAAGAAAAGUGACAUUUACUGUGCACUGUUGAAAACAUCUGAAAAGGAGUGCAUGCAUAAUUUUCUGUGUUCUGUUUUCUGCAGCUUGGGAAAUACCAAAAAGCUUUCGUGCACCUUGGAAAUGCCCUCACUUUUGACCCAAACAAUUACAAGGUAUGGCGGUGCAUUGGAUUUCAGUCAAAGCAUUUCAGUCAAAAUAAAGGUUACAUCUGUCCGUCUUUCAUCAUGAGCUUUUUCAAAGGGAACAUCUUCCUCUAAUAUAUCUUUAAUCAUUGUUUUUAUUCCCAGGCCAUCUUGGCUGCAGGCAGCAUGAUGCAGACUCAUGGCGACUUUGAUGUGGCCAUGAACAAGUACCGAGUGGCGGCAUGUGCUGUGCCAGAGAACCCCCCGCUGUGGAACAACAUUGGCAUGUGCUUCUUUGGAAAAAAGAAAUAUGUUGCUGUGAGUAAAUAUAACUGUUUAUUGGAUUAGAUGUUGGUUACUCUUUCUUAAUAAAUAAAUGUUUGCCAUUUGUCUCACAUUUUUACAGUAGAUUCAUUUAAAAUAUCAGACUUUUCUCAUCAAGUUUUACACAUGAAAAAACUCAAAAUGAGCAUGGCAUUUUUAACUUUUUUAUACAUUAAAUCAGUGCAUGUUACUGCUCAGAACACUGUAAUAUCUAGUUUGGAUUUCUUUUCAUAUUUCAUAUGCAAAUGAAUUUUUGAUGCUCAAACAAUAAGAUACUUAUCUCAACUUUUCCGCUUGUUUCAUUCAAAUAAGAGUUUAAGGUCAGAAGAGAGACAGGGAUCCAAUAUUUGACUGAAAAGUAAAGAUUUUCAAAACGGCAAGUAAAGAGUAAAUAUUUACGUAGUGUUUGAUAUUAUUUCCCUUUUCCCUUUCCCAGUAAAUCAUCACAGAUUCAUGCCGCGACAUCUUGAAGGUGAAAAAAUUCUCCAAAUUUGGAAUAACUGAAAAUAACUGACUUUAUUUUACUCGGUAUAAAAUGUGUUGGUGGUCCAACUUCACCACCUGCAACAAUAAAACACUGUGUUUACGCUGGUGCAUCUGUAGGAACAAUCUGUUAAAGUACUGCACAGUAGCACAUGAGUUAAAGGGAACUGUAUCAGGGUUGAUCCGCCUACAUGAAGCACACAAACACAAUCUGGGCCUGCACACUGCAUUGUUGUAAAUUUGCCUACAAGAUGCCUUCACACUGAUUUCUUAGAUUAACCAACAGACAGCUAAAUUUUAAAUUUGUUGUGUUUUUUGCCAAUAAGAAACCCCAAAAAUUGAGGUUAUUUUGAAAUUUGGUAUUUCACAUACCUGCCACUGUACAGAGCCUAUCUCUUCUGUAUGGUGUCAUAUAUUAUUAAGAAACUUGUCCAACGAUCCUGUCAGCUUUCGACUACUCUUCCAUUUCACUUUCCCCGCAGGCCAUCAGCUGCCUGAAGCGAGCCCACUACUUGUCUCCUUUUGACUGGAAAGUGUUAUACAACCUGGGAUUGGUACACCUGACGAUGCAGCAGUAUGCCUCUGCUUUCCACUUCCUCAGCGCAGCCAUCAACCUGAACCCACGUAUGGGGGAGCUCUACAUGUUACUCGCAGGUACUGAGUCAGAAGGAUAGAGAAAGUCCUCUUGAAAAAUUCUCCUGGUUAUUUAUGGCCAAAAUAAAGGCAACUGAUAUUAGGUAGUUUAUUGCUCUGCACAAAGUAAUACUACAGAAAUGGUGCACAUUAUAAUUCUGAUGAGGUUAAUGCUGAAUGCUAUUGAAAUUCUCUUAACAGUGGCUUUAACCAACUUAGAGGAUGAAGACAAUGCCACCAGAGCGUAUGAGCAGGCUGUGACGAUGGAUGAGUGAGUUAGCAUCUUAAAUCUCGAAUAUCUGUUGCAAGUGUUUGAAUCUGUAGGAAGGUCAUGGGAAACUUUUUUCUCUCCUUGUGAUCGCAUCCAAGCAGAUCCAACCCUCUGGUCAACCUUAACUUUGCCAUCUUCCUCUAUAAUCACGGCGACAAGAAGAGAGCUCUGGAUCAGUAUCAGGAGAUGGAGAGAAAGGUCAACCUACUUCGAGACAACAGCGGCAGCUUUGAAUUUGAUUCUGAGGUAUUUUCAGAUCCAAGAGACUUUACUCUCUAAUUUUGGUCGUUAAAGUGAUGACUUGUAAUAUUUUCCUUCCUGUCCUGUCAUUAACAGCUGAUGGACAUGGCUCAGAAGAUGGGGACUGCCCUGCAGGUGACAGAGAGUCUAGUGUGGACUAAACCAGGCAAGGACUCCAAAUCUAAACCAAACUCUGCAGCAGCCACCAAAACCCCCGGUGCCCCCCUUGGAACCAAUCAAGCUCUAGGCCAAGCUAUGUCUUCAGCUGCGAGUUACAACAAGAACAUCCAACUACCAACAGGUACAUCUUAACAGACUGGGUUGUUUAAUGCGACAGUUACCUUAAAGUCACCUGUGUGCGACUGUAAUGGUGAAGCUCUGAUUUGGGUACAAAUGAACCUUAGCCAACUGAUUGAACAUUUCAGCAUGAAAUACUGUGAAAACUAUUUCUUUUGCUUUUGUUAAUCAUGACACUAUUACUUACAACUGUUUAUAUGUGUAGUCUGAGCUCAGACUUAAACUGAGGUGACCACAAAGAACCAUUUUUCACCACAAACUUCAGUGCUCCUCUGUCACUGCAGCUGAUGACAAAUUUCACAGUUUUCACUUCCUCCACUGGACUGAAAACUAAUUUUCCUGUUUAUUGACAGCUUUGUGUCUCUUCUGCUAUGGCUGAUAGAAUAUUUGAGCCAAGACCAAAUGGGAUAUAUCAAACAAAAGCCAACUUCUAACCUGUAUACAGUAUAUCCUUGGUCAAUAACUUUGGAAAAUGACAAAUAGCUACUGUAAGCUCAUGAAUUCAAGGUUUCUUUGAAAUGAUUAAUGCAUUCUACAACUCACAAAUGUGAGAGGACUCUGAGAGCUUUACCUCUCGAGAGGCUGUGGGCUUUUUUCUCCCACUGUCGUUUAGCUGUUAACACCAGAACAAUGCAUCCAUAUUCAGCGGCUGUCAUCUUGCAUAAUCACACAGCUCUGAAAAUAUAUCUACUCCACAACCAACAAUAAGCGUUUAACAAUAAACUUGUUGUGACUACAAAUAAAGCUUGUAAAUAUGUUGUACAGUUAGCUAAUGUAGAGCAGCAUGUCAUCGUUUUACUGGUAGAGAUGAUGGCUAUUUAAAGAGAAGUUUGUUUGCAUUUCUGGUGUCAGUAGCAUUGUUGUUAGGCUGUAACAUCUGCCAAUCUGUAAACUGAAAUAGCCAGAGGUCAGAAUUCAUCCGUGACAUAAGAGCAGCUGUACCUUGAUAGCUUGUAACCUAUAAAUCUGAUCUAUGACUGAAGUUAUUGAUACAUAGAAGAGAAAUGACGGCUUAAUUUCCAAACCCAGUUUAGCAGUGCUUUUCAGGCUUUGUUAAGAUCUUCUUGUUAAAACAGAAGUCUGACCUGUGAGUUCACAGUUGCUAGUCCAUGAUAAUCAUAGGAAUAGGACUCAAAUACUUUUUGUCAGAUAUGUAGGCUUGAGUUGUUGUGGACCAGAUCUUGUUUAAGCUCCAGAGUCUAAAUCAGGUUCUGUCAUUUUGAGAAUUAUAACUACAUGUCAUGGGGGAUCCAAAGAGAAUACAACACCAUCUUUUUCAUUCAUUCGGAUCAUUGCAAACAAAAUAAUCUGUCAUUCGUUUCUUUCAGGAGUUUCUAAAAGUCCCUCCAUGCCCCUUGAGCCAGAGCCUGAUGUGGAGAAUGCCCCCAGCCCGCCCAGCGAUCCUCCAGGCUCCCCUGAACCUGUAGAGGAAGUCAACCCGAAGCCAAAAACCUCCAAAAGGAAAACUAAGGUGGAAGAAUAACAUAACAACUCCACUCUGAAGAGUACUCUGAUGCUUAUGUGGCAAAAAGAGGUUCCUGUACAGCAACCGAGCUGCUUGUGAUUUUUGGUUAUAGUAGUCAGACUAAAACAAGUUAGAGGCCUCUGCACCAUGCACAGACAUCCUGUCCAACAUAAUCAUUCAUGGGUCAUUACCCUGAAAAGGGCCACAUAAAUGUGCAAUUCUGUUAUAUCAUUUAACGCAGACAUAAUGAAUGUCGGUAUGACACUUAACUUCUUCAGUAACAACUGUGAGGUUAUCUUCACGUCCUGUAAAUCUGUGUAGAUGUGGUAGGUUUGGUUGGCCUGCUAAAAUCAUUUCAAAUAAAGGUUACAGUUUAAAAAUAUGUUGGGACCAAACAGAAACAAGGACAUAUGUGCAGCUGUAAGUGUCAAUAUUUUGAUGAGCUAGCAAUAAGGUUUUUCGAAGGAUGAAUAUUCCCGAUGACUGUCAGUCUGUCCGCCGUUAACCAUCUCUAUGGCUGGAUAAAUGUGGAGAAACUGCUGCGACAAUCACUUAUGAAAUAGGGUCAAUAAGGAAUGUGUUGAAAGACGUAGAGAAUACUGCUUGAUUGUAUGAUAGGACUCUUUUUGAGGGUUGAGUUUAGAUUGAGAGAUACACUUUUCUAUGUAGAUAAAUGUUAUGUUUAUUGAGAGAGAUGUAUUUAUUAUUAAAAAGAGCGACUUUAAAGAAAAGAGUUUUUCUCACUUGUUUAAUAAAGUCCAGUCUGUGUCAGUUUUUUUUUACACUAAAGUCUCUUAUGAUCAGGUAGUUUGGGUCCUUCCACACCACCAACAGGGGACAGUGUUGUUUGAGAACUUUCAAUGUGCAUCCUUUAUUUGACCAGUUAUUAUUAUGGGAAUGGGGUGAUUUACACAUAUUAACCAAACAUAUUAAUAUUACACUAUUAAUGUUGGGAUUAGGAGUUUAAAGAACAAAAUGAACAACUUCAAACCAAGAAAGAUAUCAAGCUCAGGGGCAUCAAACGAUGUGCACCAAAGUAUGUACUCGCUAGAAUCACCAAGAGACCCUUAAAAUCCCCAAAUCACAUCCCUGCUUACUGUUGAUGUUUCAAAGGUAUACUGAAAUUACACAGAAAGAAAGUUUGUAAAGAAUACUCACGGGGGAGUCUUGUGUGCAAUAACAACACUGUGGAGUCUUUUUGAAUGUGUUUUAGAGAAUGAAUUUAUGAGGAGUGUAUUUGGUUUCAGUGCAGGGGCGAGUGCACAGAUGAAGUCUUGUUUUGAAUCCUGAGAUAAUUAAAAUAGCAGAUGUUGGAAUAAGUAUUCAAGACAAUGAUAUGAAAGUGAAAACUUACCCUAAGGCAAAGUGGAAG